GGCGGUCGCGCGGCGCCGGCAGUCCACAACACGACAGCACGCGAAUCACACGCGCAUACUAUACCGAUACCGGCCAGUUUGACAGUUACAUACCAUGGUGAGUUCCGACGGACCCGCGGUCUGCGCUAGUUGCAAUGCUACCAUCAAUGGAAGGAUCGUAACGGCGCUGAACAAGAAAUGGCACCCCGAGCACUUCCAGUGCCACACGUGCCGCAAGCCGAUCGACGGCGCCAAGUUCCACCAGCACGACGGAGCCGUUCACUGCGUACCAUGCUUCACGAAGCACCACAGCCCGCGCUGCCAUGGCUGCGGGGAGCCCAUCACUGACCGUGUGAUCCAAGCCCUGGGUGUGUCGUGGCACGCCAACCACUUCGUGUGCGGGGGCUGCAAGAAGGAGCUCGGAGGUGGCGGUUUCAUGGAGCAGGCCGGUCGUCCCUACUGCUCUGAUUGCUAUGGUAACAAGUUCGCGGCGCGUUGUGCAGGCUGCUCGAAGCCGAUCACGGACAAGGCGAUCAUCGCUCUGGACGCCAAAUGGCACCGCGAGUGCUUCACUUGCAAUAAAUGCAGGAACCCCGUGACCGACUCCACGUUCUCCGUGAUGGACAAUAAGCCCCUCUGCGGCAAAUGCGCCUAAGCGCCAUCCCGAACACAAGCUAAAGUGCACUUAACUGUAUUAAUGUUAAGGUCUAAUUUAUACAGCCCACCAAAUACAUACAAAGUCAGAAUGCUCUUUAGAAGCCGUAUUUUAUCACAAUUUUGCUGUAAUUCAAGUACCUACUUUAAGCCUUGGUAAUAAAGUUGAAAAUACGAAAA